AUGAGAAAAGGGGGAUAUGCUCAGAGGAAGCUCCAACUCCUCUCAGAUAUUACAGCAACUGUGAGGCCUGGUGUUCUAACUGCACUGAUGGGUCCCAGUGGAGCCGGAAAAACUACUCUUCUUGAUGUUCUUGCGGGAAGAAAAACUAUAGGCUGUAUAGAAGGGGAAAUCAGAGUUAGUGGUUAUCCUAAGGUUCAAGAAACAUUUGCAAGGAUAUCAGGUUAUUGUGAACAAACUGAUAUACAUUCUCCACAAAUCACAGUAAAAGAAUCUUUGAUUUUUUCUGCUUCGCUGCGUCUUCCUGCUUGUGUUGACUCAAAAAUUAAAAUUAAAUUUGUGCAAGAAGUGAUUGAGACCAUUGAACUUGAUGAUGUCAAGGAUGCUUUAGUUGGCAUACCUGGUCUUAGUGGUCUAUCAAGUGAGCAACGAAAACGACUUACAAUAGCUGUGGAGCUUGUGGCUAAUCCUUCGAUAAUAUUCAUGGAUGAACCUACAUCAAGUUUGGAUGCAAGAGCUGCGGCCAUUGUUAUGCGUGCAGUGAAGAAUGUAGUUGAUACAGGUAGAACAAUUGUUUGUACGAUCCACCAACCAAGCAUUGAUAUCUUUGAAGCAUUUGAUGAGUUGAUUUUUCUAAGAACUGGAGGGAGUUUAAUCUAUUGUGGACCAUUAGGACAACAUUCAAGUAGGGUUAUAGAAUAUUUUGAGACUAUACCUGGGUUGCCCAAGAUCAAAGAUAAUUGUAAUCCGGCGACAUGGAUGUUAGAGGUUACUUCAGCUUCGAUAGAAGCUGAACUUGGAAUUGAUUUUGCCAAAAUUUACAAGAAUUCUGCCCUAUAUGAGAUCAACAAAGAGCUUGUGAGGCAGUUGAGUACUCCACCUCCAGGUUCAAGAGAUCUACAUUUUCCAACCCAAUUUUCCCAAAACUUUUGGGGACAGUUCAAAUAUUGCCUAUGGAAACUGCAAUUAUCUUAUUGGAGAAGUCCUUCAUAUAACUUGAUGCGUCUCUUGCAUACUAUUGUAGUAUCUUUGACUUUAGGUAUACUGUUUUGGAAGCAAGGAAUGAAAAUACAUAACCAGCAGAAUUUAUUCAACAUUUUUGGUUCAAUGUAUGGUGCUGUGAUCUUCCUUGGAACGAAUAGCGGCUCUGCUGUUCAACCAUUUGUGGCAACAGAAAGGAUUGUUAUGUAUCGAGAAAGAUUUGCAAGGAUGUACUCUUCAUGGGCUUAUGCCCUGGCACAGGUGGCAAUUGAGGUUCCCUAUCUAUUUAGCCAAGCUGUUGUGUUUGUGAUAAUCACAUAUAGUAUGAUAGGGUACUAUGGGUCAGCAUAUAAGGUGUUUUGGUAUUUCUAUGCCAUAUUCUCUACACUCCUAUACUUCAACUUUUUAGGAAUGCUGCUUGUGUCAUUGACACCGGCUGUUGCCAUUGCUGGAGCUCUAACCUCUGCUUGCUAUCCAAUGCUUAAUCUUUUCUCUGGGUUUCUGAUUCCUAAACCGAAAAUACCAAGGUGGUGGAUCUGGUUGUAUUAUAUGACACCUACAUCUUGGACAUUAAAUUGCUUGCUCUCUUCACAAUAUGGAGAUGUGAAUGAUAAAAUUAUGGUAUUCACUGAAACCACAACAAUGGCUUCUUUGCUAGAGGAUUAUUUUGGGUUUCGCCAUGAUCACCUAGCUAUUUCUGCAGUUAUUCUCUUUUUCUAUCCCCUAAUCUUUUCAUCCCUUUUUGCAUUUUUUAUUACACGUUUAAACUUUGAGCGAAGGUAAAUUCCUUCUCUCUUGAAGAUGAAAAUGUUCGCACAAAUAUAGCUGAUCAUAAGAAAUAUAUCAUGUAAUAUUUUUUAUAAAC